AUGCCUCCGGAAAGAACCCCGAUGAUAUCGAAGGAAGUGUGGAAGACUCAUGAACACGCAAUUGAUGAUAUGUAUAUCGACCAAGGCCUCAGUCUUCGUGAAUUGGCGUCCAGAAUGCGCUAUGAACAUGGAUUUGAUGCCAGGAAGCAUAAUAAGGCAAAGAAUGUCAAGAUCGAGGAAUGGAAAGCGACAGGUGCCGUGCUCCGAAGGCUCGAUGAAGAAAACACCAAAUACCGUGUUAAGUUCUUGGGUCAGCUUCUUGACCCAGCUAGAAUCGCGAAGUCUAGAAAACGUGCCCAAGGAACGAAUUCGCGAGCUAUCGAUUCCUCUAGUGAAGCUGUCCUGUUCGGCUCAAACCGCCUUACAGUUGAAAUUUGGUGCGACGGAAAAUGGAAGACCUUCGGCCGAGAUUCUUAUGUUGUAGAUCCUCGCGCACCGUCACGACCGGGUAACCAUACCAACGUCAAUGCCGAAGAGCCCAUCUUUAAAAAUCCCUCAGAUAGGUCAAAUAACCCAGCCGGGGAUUUAUCGCGGGAGCCUCUUCCCGUGCAAACCACCAUCUCAUCGUCAGAUAUGGCCACGUCGCGUUCCAAAGGCCACCCAGUGCUUUUAGACGGGCAGCUGCCUCCUACGGACCUUCCUUUGGCUGGUUAUGCGGGUACACUAGAUGAAACGACGGCUCCUCUAUUAGGGGAUAUCGACUUAUCACAGCUAAGAGAAGAGCCAAAUUCAGUUCACACGCUCGCAAACCCUGCUAUAAAUGAGAACCUUUCUCAUCUUCAAUUAUUAGAGAGGGAUCUUCUGAACUCUCUUAUGCGCUCAGUGGAUCAACAGCUGUCGGUGAAUCCAGCACCAGGCACUGGGUUCGUAGACUCUGAUGACCUGUGGGAGUCCUUAUCAUCACUGUUACCGGAUAAAUCCGCGUGGACUAGCGAUAAAAUAUUAGUUGGCUCAAACGAUGAGAACGAUGUGGCUGUAUCACCCUUGUAUAACGUCCUUUUUUUCUCCAUCGUCAAUGGUUUCGCUGGUCUUGAAGGCCUACCCGCCGGGUCCCUCAUAAGGACAUUGAAAAGCGAGCCCAGCAUACGAGAACGACUUUUUCUAUAUAUUCAUUCGCAAUCACCCGCUUUCGCGCGAUCUCUCAUAGAUAACCUAUUCCGGGCUGCUGUCGAGGCUCUUGACGAGGAUGCGGUUAUGACCAUCUUCCACCUUGCUGACAACUUGCCGGGAACCCUGCAAUACGGGAUCGACCAAGCCUCCAUUGCUUGCAAGGCUUUCGACGAGGAUAGAAUAUACACACCAAUUAUGUUCGCAGCCAAGUUUCGUCAUGUCGGUAUCGUACGAGUACUUCUUGACAGGGGUGUUAGCCUGGAAAAGUCCUUUGGAGACCUUAGAGACGAAGGCGAAGAAUGUGGAGUGUUGGAUAUCGCCCUUCGACAAAAUGAAAACUUUGAAACUCUGAAUACUGCACUUAUUGAGCUAUUUGUUCAAAAUGGUGCACAUGUGCGAUCGAAGCACGUUCUGGCUGCUGCACGCUGGGGGGAAGCAGAACUGACAAGCCGCUUGCUCUACCUCGCUGAACACUCAGAACAUCAUGCCCUUUUCGGCUAUGAAGAUGGCAGGAUAAAUGAUCCGCCUCCCUCAGGUUCUGGUAUAUUUUUUGACGUUGUUAAGUUCAAAAACCACGUUGCCUCCGAGAUCAUCGCCAGGAUCUUCGACAUAUGCGGGGCUUCCGCAUGUCAGAAAUGCCCCAAAGGUGCCCAGAGCAUGUUGGAAGAUAUCAUAUUUCACGCGACAGUUAGAGGGAAUCACGGGUUAGUGCAUUUCCUUUUGGACCAUGUUCCAAAAGACUUUUCAGCACUAUCCGCCGCGGUCAGAAAUGGCGAUCGUUCGAUGAUUGAUCUCAUGUUUCGCGGUUCCAGUGUGAACGAACCGGCACGACAGUUGAACGAAAGCCUCGACCGUUUUCGGCCGGAUGACGAUGGCGUUAUCCCGACAACGCCAUUAGCAGAGGCAAUUAGAUCGCGAGAUAAAAAGCUUGUCCUCGAACUAGAAAACCUGGGAGCUCUGCGCAGCCUCAAGGAUCGUCUGCACUUUGUCGCAGCCAUAUAUGCUGCAGCCGAAGCAGGCGAUGGCCAUUACUUGCAAAAACUUUUAGAAGUGCAAACAGAGAAGCGAGGGAACAACUUAACAAGCUCAUUAGUGGUGGCGAUAAAGAAGAACCAUACCAAACUUGCCGUUACGCUCAUUAAUGCUGGAUCCGAGGUCGACCCAAAUUCGGAUACUAACAACCCACUGCUCGAAGCUUUGAAACGACAGAACAGAGUCAUUGUCAAUAAAAUGUUGGAGGUAGCUACGCCUCCCUUCUCGUUCUCGUCCAGGGCUCCUAUUCUUGAGGCUGCAGUACGUUGGGGAGACACGUCGAUGAUCAAAGACCUCGUGCGAAUGGGUUGUUGUGUUGGUGGUGAACCACUGGCACUAGCUGUAGAGCUCGGCAGUAUGCAUUUGGUCCAAUUACUUCUCGAAUAUGGCACUCCGCUGGGUGAUAUGGCGCUUUUAAGUGCGUGUAAAAAGGACGACGAGCGCAUGAUUCGCUUACUGCUCGACCACGGAGCUAGCCCAGGUGAUGGCAGUGCCCUCCUCUGGUCCAAGGACAACAAUCUCCGUGCUUUCAAUAUUCUACUUAAAUCAUUUGUGGAAUCAUAUUCGAGGCACGAUGAAUAUUUGGGGGGGAUAGCCCUGAUCAGUGCUAUAGAAACUGAUGCGCACGGGCUCAUCGAGUCUAUUCUCCAAGGAAAUCUCGAGGCAGCAAAGACCUUCACCACUCAUCGUGACAUGGAUCGUACGGCCUUAGGUGUCGCUAUCUCCCAUAAAAACGGCAGUGACUUCGGGGCUGUUGAUAUACUUCUGGGCCACGGGAUUGGUGUGAACAGCAUUGUGCAAAGGCCCUCACGCCGUGUGGAUGCCGAUUUUCUCGGUACCGAGACUUGUUCAUAUGGCCUUUCUCAUUUAGAGAAUGUCUAUCCAAAAAUACUGCCAACGCUAUCCACUGCAUUGUUAGUUGCGAUCGGGACCAAGAACGAGGGAAUGGUUCGCUUUCUCUUGGAACGUGGUGCAGACAUAAAUCAACCCGCGCGAAGGGGUGUGAGAUAUACUCCUCUUCAAUACGCCUGCGUUGUUGGAAGGUUCAAGAUAGUUGCACUACUCAUAGAACAUGGGGCAGACAUAGAGGCAGCACCGGCUGAAAAUGGUGGAGGGACUGCUUUGCAGAUUGCUGCGAUCAGCGGAAGCAUCAAGAUUGCCCAAUUCCUUCUAGCCCGAGGGGCCGUUCCGAAUGAGCCGCCGGCCCCUAUGAAUGGGCGCACAGCUCUUGAAGGGGCAGCGGAACACGGUCGUUUGGACAUGAUAGAGCUGCUCUUUCAAACAGCUUGGGGGGCAUUCCCCCGCGAAUUAAUUGUGCGUGCGAGCCUUCUUGCUAAUAACCGAGGAUAUGCUGGCUGUGCGAGCUACCUAUCAUCUCUGCCCUUCAACUCCUCCCUCUUACGAGGAGAGCCAGAAAAUGUACGGAGUGCUGAUGGGACUAGUCGAAUACAAUAA